UGUCGCGUUGUCAACAAACGACCUUCACACAUGUGUUAAAUUUUUAGAAAGCUUUCAUUAUUAAUCAGUCUAAUGUGCCAAUCGAGUGUAAAAAUGGAUAAAAUUUAUUUCACACACUUGUAAAUGAGAAUUUAAUCAAAAUGACAACUUUAAAUAUUAUUAUUAAAGCGGUAGAGACAUUAAAAAAUUUUCAAGAACAGGAAUCAGCUGAUUCGGAUUUUGGUGCCAGGAAAAAGGAGAAAAUAUCGAAUUGUAUAACAAUUGCCGAUGGAGUGUGUAUAUCGACAAUUAAAGUUGUUCCAAAAUUUACUCAUGUCCUUAGUCUUGCAAUUGAAACACUUUUAUCGUAUUGCGAUGAUAAUGAUUCCGACGUCCGAACCGUGGCGGACGAAUGUCUCAACAAAAUUAUUAGGGCGAUGGCCGAUACUCAUAUUUUGAAAGUACAAAUUGAAUUGUAUCAAGAAAUAAAAAGAAAUAGAUCUGCCCGAUGUUUGAGAGCGGCGUUAUGGCGUUUUGGAUUACUCAGUCAUAUGAUUCGGGCAGCAAGGGGCAAAGCAUAUGUUACAAAUUUGAUUCCUUGCAUUGUAAACAUUAUGAAAAGAAAAGAGGAAUCUGUCAUUGAGACGUUGACUCAGUCGUUGCCGUUAAUUUUGAAAUCCCUUGGACCAUUUAUGACCGACAAAGAUGUUAAGAUAUUGUUAAAAGCAUUUUUUCCAAAUGUUUCAUCAACUGAAGCCACACUGAGAAGAUCCGCUGCCAAUAUGAUAGUGACAACAUGUUUGAAUUGUCGUAAACCGCAAAAUUUUUUGAGUUACGUGAUGGAUAAUCUCAUUGACACAGCAAUACGUGUUAUUGAAACCGAUAAAGAAUGCAUGACAACAGUUCUUGGAAUUUUCAAUUGUUUUCAAUUAAUGUUGCCUCACAUGAAUGUGCCAUUGGUAACUGAAUCAGAGAAUGCGCAUAGACUGGAAAAUUUUCUACAAAUUUAUGAAUUAUGUUUACAUUAUACAAAAUGGCAUUCGAAUCAUAAUGUCAUUAAUUCGGCCUUAGAGACAUUAAUUAAACUUCUUCAAUCACCACAAAAGGAAUUUUUGUCCGUUUUACUCUCAUCGGAUGGCAUUGGUCAUAGUCGAAUUUUUCUCACUGAAAAUUCGGGAAGACUUUCAUUGGGACAUAUGAGUCUUUCCACUACCACAGUAUCGGGAGGAACAUCGGAAGUUCCUUUAAAUUUACUAGAUUCGGAUUUAUCAGAAAUUUCGGAUAUUACACCAAAAAUACAAAAGUGGAUUGCUGAGUCGGAAAAUUCUCUGCCUGUUAUUCAUCGGUCACCGAAACAAGUUCCCAAUGACUCUGUUGAAAUGACAACGAAAAUAUUGGACGAUUAUAAUAAUUUGAAAAUCGGAACUAUUGGAAAUGAUGAUCUGGACGAUGGAAGUGAUUUUGGCAGUGAACUUGAAAAAUCGGAGAAGGUUUACGAUUCGAGUGUAAUGAGUCAACAUUCGAGGGAGGAGGAAUUUUUGGACGAUACUUUAACAUCGUUGGAUUCACCGCAAAGAAGUUUGGUGAAUGUUUCACUUCCUGAAUUUGAUAUCGGUCGACUGAAUGGAACGGAUGUUUCGUUAAAAUACUGUUGUCGUUAUUUGGCAUCGUCAUUUUUAUUGACAGGCAAAGUCGGUCAAUUAAUAACCGAUAAAAUGUUUCGCGUGAGCGUUAAAUCGCUUGCACUCACCUGCAUUUCUCAUAUUUUAAGGAUAUAUCCAAGUCUAUUAUUUUCAACGGUUGCCAGAACAUCGACGGACGAAUAUCAACAGACAAUGUCCGAUAUUUUGCUGUACGCGAAACAUUCUGAUCCACAAUUGAGGGGCAAUGUUUCAAUGAUUAUUGGCUUCUUUUUAAGAGCAAUGCUGGCUGAGAAUUAUGGUACAUUCACAAGUACGGAAGUUAAGGAUUUUGAAAUUCAAAAUAAGAGGCCAGAAUUUCUCGCUGAACUGAUCAAUUUAUUGUUGAUGGGACUGGAGGACGAGUCGGCGGCGACGUGUCGACAGACUUUAAAUGCUCUUGGUAUUUUUAUGACUGAUCUUUUAGAAUCUGUGGAAAAUCAACGAGCAAUAGUGAUAUUGAAUUUGCUUCCGCAAAUUGUAAAUAAUCCCUAUUUUCUAGUUAGAGUAAAGCUAGUUGAACUUUUAAGUGAGCUGCCCUACAUUACCAUAGAACACGCAACAAAUAGUACUCAAUUUCAAGAAAACGUGAUUUCCGUUUUUACUCAAUUGCUAGGUGAUCAGGAUCAACGAGUUCGAUCUGCAGUUAGCGCCGCUAUUACCAAAAUAAUUCCAUUGUUGUAUUAUCAACAACCACAGGAGGACGCAGUGACGAGGAAAGCAUCACUGCACACAGAUCAGUAUUUAUCGACAGUAAUUUACGAAUCUUUGGAAUUAUCAGCGUGCUUCGCCGAGCAUAAACUCUUAAUGAAUAGCUUGAUCAAGCCUUUCGUAUCACUAUGCGCAUCAAAAGAAAUGCACUAUUCGGAAAAAAUCGAUGACGCUUUAUCGCGAAUAGUGAAUCUUCUGAUCGAUCAACUCAAUACAUUUCAAUCAAAACAUUUAACGUACGGUAUUUUUGAAUCACUGAGUCUAUUAAGUGAGACUUAUUUCACGACCGUCUAUUCAAGAGCCUGGGAUUGUAUUCUAUCGAAAAAUUCCUCCAAAAAAACGCAUAAAAAAUCAUCCAGUAAAUUGGAUCUCAAGGAAAUAAAUUUAGCCAGUGACAUGAUUUUAUCAAGUGGAAAUAGUUUAUUAUCAAUAUCAAUUGUCCUCCUCUCGUCAUUGCCCGUGAGUUUAGAUCUCGCUCUACACAGGAAUUUAUUGACACUAGCUGGAAAUCUCGCGUCAGGAAUGGCUGUUUGCAAUUUAAAGCCCGGCGAUCCGAUCAAUAAGAAUGAAACUGAUUCGGCGAAGCUGUGGGGUUUGUAUAAAGAUAAACAGAUGUAUCAACAUUUGGAAUUAUUAUUGAAUCACGUUGUGAGACUUUUGAAUGUUUUUGUUCACGUUAUCGAUGAUAUUCAAUUGGCGCCACCUGCGAGUAAAUCCUCUCUUCCAUCGUUACCGGGCGCACAAUCACUGUCGCCAAAGAAGAAAUUAAUUCCCGAACAUAAAUCAAAGGAGCGAAUGGAGAAAUUCCCGACAUUGAGAUUUGGAAAAGAGCAGAUGGGAGUGUUUCACAAUAUGACGCACUAUGUGAAAUUGUACGAGAUUCUUCGUAAUGCGCACGCGAAUUAUAACGUGACGUUAAUAUCCGAGGCUAGUGAAAUGUACCUGUCGUUAUUGAACGCAACACUGCAGGUACUUUCGCAAUUACUCGAGAUGGCAACUCUGAUCGAGGCGGGAAGAAUUGCGGAGGAGAUUCUACACUAUUUGCAAACGACAAUGUUACUCUCGCCGACAAAAUCGGUGCAGUGUGUCCAGCAACUGUUGAAAUGUCUCUUUGGAACGAAUCUCUGCGCCCAGUGGCAGGACUUCGAUAAGAGAAACACGAAUAUGAAUCAUCGAGACGAUGAUCGUGGUUUCUAUAAUCAGUGUUUUCAGAAGACUUCUAGACAAUUAGCCGAGACGAUAAAAAUAAUAGGGAAUAAUUGCCGGGGGGGUAAUGAUCCCGACACGGGGUGGAUUGGUCUACUUCGAAGAAGGAGUGAUCGGAAAAUCACGUCUGUCUUUAAAAGUCUGACGAAGACACAGGAUAAGAAAGCAUCUGUCGCGUCCUAUAUUCGAUUGUUCGAACCAAUGGUUAUCAAAUCGCUGAAGCAGUACUCGAUCACAAGUUCCAUACCUCUUCAGUGUCAGGUUCUGAUGCUACUCAGUCAGCUAGUUCAGCUGCACAUUAAUUAUUGCAUGUUGGAUUCGGAUCAGAUAUUUAUUGAUUUUGUCAUAAAGCAAUUUGAGUUUAUUGAAGAGGGACAGAUACAGCAGACGGAGAAGUUACUGCCGAGGAUAUUUGAAUUUUUAGUGCGCCUCUCGUAUGAGAAGUAUCAUUCGAAGAAUAUUAUUGGUGUGCCGAAGAUAAUUCAGUUGUGCGAUGGACUGAUGGCGAGUGGACAAUCGCCAUUGACGCAUUGUAUUCCGGCUCUGGUACCGGUUGUGGAGGAUAUUUUUCUGUCGAGGGGCUCGAGUACGAAUUUGUCGGAGCAAAAGGAACUGGAGACGACACACGAGGUUUUGAUAUCGAUGCUGUUGAGAUUGGUCGAGUAUCAUGAGGUUAUUGAACUUGUGACGUUAUGCUUGACAGAGUGUCGAUCGAAUAGUGACGGGAAUGGAGAGGAGAAGUGGAGAAGAUGGUCUCGGUCGGUGAUGGAGACACUUUUGCCAAUGUUGGCGGCGGGGAAGGUGAGAAUCGAGUCUAAAGAGGCACAUGCGGCGGUGGUAAAACUUUGCGCCACGGUUUCGCCGACUGUUUUUCGACCCGUCGAUCCGCUGCUGAAGGUACUUUUGACGAAUCCGCCUUUGAUGGGGGAUAAAUUGGUGAGGUUGGAAAGAUGGUUGGGAAUGGUGAAUAUUAUUUUUUUGUGCUUGAUUUCUUAUGCGAAGGAGGAGGCGAUGUUGGCGAGAUUGUCGGAUCUUAGUCCGAAUAUCAGUGAUUUGUCGGAUGUUGUCCUACUGCCGGAGGUUUUGCAACAGAGUCGGGAUCCUUUGAAUGCGCUUGGGAAUCAGUUGGUUGAAUUGCAGCCCGAAAGGAUUUUGGCUCGUUUCAUUUUUCGUGUUAUCAAGAUCAUUGGGGCGAGACUUUCGGAUUUGAAAGUAUCUACGCUGAGAUGUAAUCAGGAGACGAAUGAGUAUUUUGUCCAUCAAUCGGCUUUGUUUUUGCAGCUCUGUAUUCAUAUGUUCGAGUCUGGAAGUCAUUGUAAAGUGGCGAAUGCAACGGUUCAGAUGAUUCUUGGGAGGAACGUUUCGAAUGAGGAGAGGAUUUUUGUCUGUGAUUUGAAUAAAUUGAUGUUGAACAUUGGGAAUUAUUGGCCGAUAUUAACGUGUCAGUGGGCGUACCUGAUGACGUUGUUAAGUUACAGUGAGAUGGAUUUCUGGUCCGAGGUGAUGGGAAUUGAAAAAUCGAGUCCAUUUUCGAAGAGAGGGAAAGAUUCAAAGACGAGUGUGAUUAAUAUGAACAUAGUGCGAAGAGGAGGGACGAUAUUGUUUUGCGAUUACGUUUGUGAGAAUCUGAAUGAUGCGGAGCCGUUGACCUGGCUUUUGGUGAACCAUAUCGAGGAGACGAUUCAUUUGGCAACUGAACCACCGGUUCGGGAGCUUGUCGCCGUGGCAGUGCAUAGAAAUUCGGCAGCCAGUGGUCUGUUGAUUCAGGCGAUCGCUACGAAGUGUUUGGACCUAUCGCGACCGACUUUUGUCAAGAGAUUAUUGUUGUGUGUCGAAGGGGCCCAUCAUUCUCAGAGUGGAUCGGUGAUUAUUGCUCUUAUUCCUCGAUUAUUGACGACGAAAUUCUUGGCUCUGUCGAGAAUGGCAGCGAAUAUCUUGAGUCGAAGAGUGGAAAUUUUGCUGACAUUGAGUGUCGAGGAUGUGAACGAACAAUUGCCGAAGGAGGAAUUUAUGCGAGUGAUGGAGAUUUUGAAAGAGACGAAAUUGGCGAGAAAGUACGGAGGUCUCGUGAGUUUGUUGAACAAACUCGGCGAGCAAUAUUACGAUCUGUCACCGUUGAUGCUCGAUCAGUGUCGCUCUUUCAAUCCGUCGACGAUCAAAAAUAUUCAGAUCGAUCGCAAUUGGUUUUUGUCGCAGGUGAAAAUACGGUGUUGCUACUCGAAUAGCGGUUUUUCGGAGUCGGCACAACUUUUAAGUAAUCUAAACUACGAAGAGUGUGUCUCUAUCUUCUCUUCCAAGGACUUCAGUAUAAAGAUUUUGAAAGAAUGCAUAAAAAUAGGAGUUAGAAGCACUGUCACAAUGUGCCAAGAACAAGAGUUUAAUUCUUCUGGGAAAGUUUUUGACUUUAUUGAAAGUCCUCUUUAUUCAGCAGCUAAGGAAUCACUACUGCAGCAUGUGAAGAAUCUCAACGAACUGAUUCCUAAACCGCAUUCUAUUUUCGAUCCCCAAAUUUCGUCGAAAUAUGUGACAAAAUUCAAUGAACUGAUGGAAGACACACUCUAUCGGGAGGUACUUUUCGCGGUAGUGCCAGGAAUAGUGACUUAUUUCGAAACUUUGGAGAAAUUGACAAAAUUUAAUUUGGCAACAAUCGAGGGAAAGUUCGAGGAGGAUUUGUGUAAAUUCGCCACUCUUUGUUUGGAGACCAGUCAUUGGAUUAUAGAAAACCAUGAAAACGGGAGGAAAAAAUUGGAACCGUCGGAAAUUGCAGUGUGUCUCAAUUGUGCGAGGGAAAUUAUGAAAAAUUACAAUCUGAGUAAAAUUGUAGGCAAGGAUACACAUUAUCAUCGAGUUUGUUCAAUGACGAUAUCACUAAUGAGAAUUGUCAAUCAUUUUCACAAGACUAAGAAGACACUCCCUUGUAUCGAAAAACGGGGAUUGGAGACAGCUCUCAAGAGUGACGAUACGAAAAUACUCGCUGAAAGUUGUCUAAGAAUGGCGACUCUAGUAUCCUGGUUGGAGGAAUCAACAGAGAGAAUAAUUCCCGAUUUCUUGUACGAACCGAUUGAGAGUUUAAUUGUAAGUGUCAGUCGACUGCCUUUGGUGAAUUCUUUCGUUUUAACACCGCCCUUGGUUUGGAAAUACGGAUGGCAAAUGACAGGCACCGGCGAUACAAAGUGUAAUUUUCCCUUACUCUCCUCCGAAGGGGAUUUAAUUCACGAAAUUGAAAUUCUCGAGCAAUUUGUAUUUCGAGUGACACUACUGGGUUGGACCUCACGUUUGCAAUUUGAAGAAAUUUGGAUGGUAUUCCUGAGUGUAGUGAAUAUUCUCCAAAAUGAUGAUAUUGCACCAGAAGAUAUUAAUGUUUUUUGUCAAGUGACAAGUCUAGCGGUACAAGCAAUAACGAGAUUAUUAAUGCAAACUUUAUUGCUACCAUGUCCGGGUAAUCCGACAAAUAGUCGUCUCAUUCAUCAUUCGAGAGAUCCACAAUUGGCUCUUUAUAAAAUAAGUUCACAGAAAUUGUAUCUCGUGCAGGAUUUACUUGUUUGGAAGUACGAGUGUAUGAAUGAUUUUAAAAAUACUCGUGGUUUAUGUUUGGAUAAUAUAUUUUCAAGGGGGAAUAUUGAGAGAGUGACGAAUGGAGAGAAUUUGAGUUACAGUCAAUUGUCAGUGGCGUAUUUGUGGUCAUUGUGCUAUUUGCAUGAGGAUAAAUUGUGUUCAUCGGUUCUCACUCUCAAGAAUCGAAGGAAUGAUGCUUUGGUGUCGUCGGCACUUGAUAUUGAUUCGUGUUUAAGAUUUCUUUUGGAAUUAUACACGUCGUGGAUAAGUCCUCAAGUGAAAAUUCCCCUGCGACUUUUGAAGGAAGUCGUUCAAUCGAUAUUGGCAAUUUCGGAAUUGUUUGUCGAGAGAGCGCAAUAUAAAUGGAUGUUGGACUCGUGUUUCGAAUUGUUGAAAAAGCAUCCAGUUGAAGAUGAAAUAUUACAUCAGUAUCUAGUCAUCGCUGUCUGUAAAGCUGCUGCCGUCCUGACGCCUUUGGAUAUGGAAAACUUGGAGAGGAUUAAACGCUUAUUAGAUGGAAGUCUAAAGUCUGGAUUUUUGCCUGCGAGAAUAUCGGCAUUGCAUGGAAUGCUGUACCUCUUGCAAAGUGCUGUAUUGGCGAAUUGUGAGGACACAAAGAGUAUUGUACAUCCAUUGGCAAUAGAAUAUAUUCAAAAACAUAUUGACGUUCAAGAAUCCGAGAGAGUUCCACUUCAAAGUGAAUCGCAUCAAGGAAUACUGUGGGCGUUAGUGUUCUUUUUAUUGGAGCACGCUGACGAUACACCAGAGGACGGAGAAGCGCCGGCAGUCUUGGAACUUGUUCUCACUCUAGUCACAACUCAAAAUAUUUCAACCACACUUCAUCAAACGUUACUGAAGGGCUUGGAAAGGUUGGUCGCAACAAGAAGUGUAGUUGGCAAAGUUACGGAGCAAAUUGUCAAAAUUGCUAUCGAUCGUUUGAAACAAAGUAAUGCACUACUUGCACUGCCUGCAUUACAAUUAAUGUUGACGUGCAUGUAUACAGAAGCGGCUGAUAGGUUUAAUCAGCCAGAUAUUGAGGAACCAUUACCUGAUCAAGAGCCGGAAGCUUUAGUUAGAUCGAUUGAGAGAACGUCAGCGAUAUUUGAUAAGAUUAAGAAGGGUUAUCCUAUGGAAGUUGAAAUUCUUUGUACAGUACUUUCCGGCGUUCUGAGCGAUUUCUUCCCACCCUCGGAAAUCUUAACUAAAGUUAUUGGAGAGUUCCUUUCGCCACAGCAACCACAUCAGAGAUUAAUGUCGGCUGUGGUUUUUAAGGUCUGCGAGAGAGCUUGUAAUAGCGCUCAAUUAAGUUUACUUCAAGACUGGGUAGUUUUCAGUUUACCGAAUUUUAUACAAAGUUUGCCGGUUGUAUUAUCGACUUGGUGUUUAUCCUGUUUCUUCAUCAGCACCUCAACAAACCAAUGGCUCAGAUCUCUAUUUCCACACGUUCAAUCUAGAAUUGGUAAAUUCGAAUAUGAAGAUAAAAAACUCCUCUGCAUAGCUGCAUCAGAUUUCUAUUCCAAGUUAACUAGUGAAACUCAAAAGAGAACUUUUGUGGAAACCUUCGAAGAGGUUGCAAAGGAACCAGGAAAUCCGUUUGUUGACAUUUUAGCAUCCCUCUGAAACAAAUAAGAAUAAUUUAUUCUACCUCCUGUAAAUUUAAAGAAGAAAAUUAUAUAACUAUUGAGUUUAAAUGGUGCUUAUAUCUAUUUCCAGUUAUAUAUUUCCAAGAGUGUAUAUUUAUAUGUAUAUAAUAUAUAAUAUAGAAAAAGAAAAUUAAUGUAAAGAAGACUUAUUGUCUUUAUUAUAAUUAUUAUAAAAAGACAAGA